AUGACUGGUCGAUAUGCUAAUAGUCUUGUUCCUGGAAGACGAAUUUUAGAUGAGGAGCACGCUUGUGCAAUGGCCGGAUAUUUUGUGCACAAUUCCUAUAUGGAUGAUGAAUCUGAGAUUGAGGAGAAUGUGGAGGCGGAGCCGGAGCUUGGUCAAAAUGAGAAUGAGCAAGAAAAUGUGGCUGGUGUUGAAGAAGGUUUGAAUUUUCUGUAACUUCAAACCUUAUCGCGAAAUUUACAGAGCCAGCCAACAUAUUUGCACAAUUGUCAGCACAACCUGCACCCAAAGUGAGAAAAAAUAUGCGUAAAAUAUCUUCCGCCCCAAAACCAGUGCCUCGUCGAGGAACUCGCAAACGAAAGGCUCCGACUCGAUUGGUUAUGUCACGGGGUGCGAAAAAAUACAAGUUGGAGGAACUCAAGUAUAGAGGAAAGUGAUGAGUCAGCUUAUAAAUCAUUUUUUGCAAGAUAUCUGACACUAAAUAAAAUUCGGAAUAGAGAGCUUUAGGAGGCUUUAGAAGGCUUUAGAGAGCUUCGGAGGCCUUUGGAGAGGUUAAGGGGCGGCUCAAGAUAGCUUCGAGGAGCUCUAGAGACCUAGGGAGAGCUUUAGUGGGUUCAGAAGCAGAAGGAUUAGCAUUACAACCCCGGAAAAUCAAUAUAACCAAAAAAACAACAAAAAACGAAAAAUAAAAAAAAAUUCUGGAAAAUCCGCUGGUUGCAAAAUAAGCUUUAAGUAGAUACCUUUAAGGGCUUUAGUGGGUUCAGAAGAAUUCUGAAGUAGGUUCUGCUGAUUUCAAAACCAAAAAAUCAAUAAAAUUCAAGCCCCUCCCCCCAAAAAACAGCAAAAAAAAACGAAAAAUGAAAAAUUCUGGAAAAUCCGCCCGUUGCAAAAAACGCGUCAGUCUUUUGCCACUGACGCGCAUUUGAAAAAUUAUCGAUUUUUCAGAAUGCGUCAACGCGAAAAGAACUGACGUGUUUUGUGUAGUUUUGAAUUUUUCUUUUUUUUUUUCGUUUUGUCGGCGAAAACAUGUAAAUCCAAAAAAAAUUUCCAAUUUCAGAAUGCUUAGACCUCGCGGAACAACAAAAACAACAUUACCCGGUCAAAAACUCGAAGUUUCCACCGAUCCCUUUGCAAAAUGUAUGAAAUGUGAUGCUGCAUUGAGUGGAAUCACAAAAUUCCCGAAAACCAUGGAGGAUUUGUCGAUUUUCCUCAAUUGUGCUCAUGUUUUUUGCGCAAAAUGUGUGAAACUACACGGUAUAUUUUCAUCUUUCUUCUCAAAAUGUACGAGAAAAAUUUUCAGAUUCGAAUUCCUCCGCUGUGAACAGAUCUCGACCAGCUCACUGUUUCUACGAUUUUCAGUGUGGAAUUUGUGGUUUGAUGAGUGCUCCAUUGACAAUUCCCAAUAAUAUUCGAAUUUGUGAACGAAAAUAUUGUGAUGAAUGCUUGGAAAGUGAAGAUUGGUAGGAAAACAACCAGAUUUCUGGGUUGACCGCGACGCACACGCAACGCAUACGCGCCGCAAUCGAUUGUUUUUGCAGCAAAUGUGAAGUGUGCCUUUCAAUCUCAACUCCAACAUCAAAAAUCAAUAAUAUGGCCUAUUGUAAAAUGCAUGAAAACCGGAAAAUCGAAUAUUAUUGCAAGAAAUGUGGAAAACAUCUUUGUCAAAUUUGUAAACAGCAAUUCAAGGCGGAUUUUAAGGAUGGGGAACAUAUUUUGACUGAAAUUGUUGAAAAAGACUUGGAAAUUGAGGAUGAUUUGAUGAAAGUCGCUGAUUUUUAUGAGAAAAUUGAGAAAAUCGAGAAAAAUGCGCGAAAUUCAAUGGAAAAUAUGGAGAAUUUCUCGAAAACAAUGAAAAAAUCGAUAAAUGCGAGCUUUCUUUCAAUAAUCAACACGGCAAUUCAUCGAUUUUCACGAAUUUUGACGGGAAUUCGUGAAAAAGAGACGUAUGUGCAAAAAAUUGCGGGAGAUUUGAUGGAAAAUUGUUGGGAGGCAAAAAGAAGAAUUGAAAUUGCGAAAGAAAUUGAUGAUUUGGCAAGAGAUCAAUUAUUGAUUGAUGAGGUACAUGUGGCGGAUUGUUAUCAAAUGAUUGCUCAGAAUAUGUUUAGGAAAUCGGAGGAGAUUUUUGAAGAGGCGAAUGUGAGGUUUUGGAGGAUUUUUAUGGGGAAAUUGGGUGGAAAAUUGAAUUUUUCAGUGAAAUUCAUGCUAGACAUCUGAAAAAUCGAUUUUUCUUGUCCUAGAAGUGAAAUUAUCGAUUUUUCAGAUCCUGAGGCUGAAAUUAACUGAAAAAUAUGAUUUUUACAUCUAAAUUGAUGCUAAAAUCAGAAAAAUCGAUAAUUUUCCAAUUCUUGACUUGAAAACCUGGGUUUUUCUCGUCCUAGGAUUAAAUUUAUCGAUUUUUCUAAGUUUCCGCUUGAAAUUUGUUGAAACAAUGCAUUUUUCAGUGAAUUUCAUGCUAGAAAUGCAAAAAAUCGAUUAUUUUUCAAUUCUUGGCUUGAAAACCCGGGUUUUCUCGUCCCAGAAUUGAAAUUAUCGAUUUUUCAGGUUCUGAGGCUGAAAUUCUGUAAAAAAUCUAAUUUUUACAUCUAAAUUGAUGCUAGAAAUCUGAAAAAAUCGAUAAUUUUUCUGAUUCUUGUCUUGAAAACCCGGGUUUUUUUUUGACGUAGAACUGAAAUUAUCGAUUUUUCAGGUUCUGGGCUUGAAAUUGGUUGAAAAAAUGCAUUUUUCAGUGAAAUUCAUGCUAGAAAUUCAAAAAAUCGAUAAUUUUUCAGUUCUUGUCUUGAAAAAUCGAUUUUUCUCGUCCCAGAAUUGAAAUUAUCGAUUUUUCUAAGUAACCGCUUGAAUUUGGUUGAAAAACUGAGGAUUUCAGUGAAUUUCAUGCUAGAAAUUAAAAAAAAUCGAUAAUUUUUCAAUUAUUGGCUUGAAAUUAUCGAUUUUUCAGGUUCUGAGGCUGAAAUUAAUAUUCAAAAUCCCAUUUUUUCCAGAAAAACGAGACAAAGCUGAAAUUCGAAGUUUUUAAAUGUGGCGAAUCACAAACUCCCGUGGAAUUAACCCUCCAAAUCUUCAAUGCUCAAAAUUCGCCAAUUUAUAAAAAAUCGCCGAAAUUUGCGACGGAAAACGAUUUAUUUGAUGCAAAAUUGUUGGGUGAACGAAUUGCACGAUUUUUUGAGGAUUUUGAGAAUUUCGAUUAUAAAGAAAUGAGAUUUGAGGAUGAAAAAGAGGCGGAGACAAAUGUGAGCCAAGAAUUUUUUCAGUUUUCUUCAAAAAUUUCUUUUUUUUCCAGAUUCCACAACCAGGUCCAAGUUCAUCUUCAAAUCCCGUGAAAAUCGUACCAUUUCCAAGCAAAAAAUCCAUGGAAUAUCGGAUAAAUCGAAAAGUUUUGUCGAAAAAUCCAGCAUCUAUCACAGAGCAGCAGGAGCCAAAGGCUUAUCAAGUGAGUUUCAGAAAAAUUUUUGUUUUUAGCCGAAAAAUUACAGUGCGGCUUCUUGUUACAGUAGAUCUCUAGGCGCGGAUCCUUGGCAUUUAGGUCCUCUAGGCGCCGCACCUUGAGAAUUAUGAUCUCUAGGGGCGGCUUCUAGAGAAUGAGUUCCCCUAGGCGCGUCACCUUGACAACUAGAAUUUCUGAAGAAUUUUGAGUACCUUAAAAUAUAUUUUGUGAAUUUUUCAAUUUUUAUAUAAAUUUGGUUUCAAAAAUUUUCAAAAUUUAGUUUUUCGCGCGCCAAAAAUUCCACAGAAUCUUCUCGAAUUUUAUUUUUUUUUCCAGAUUCCACAGCCAGGUCCAAGUUCAUCUUCAAAUCCCGUGAAAAUCAUACCAUUUCCAAGUAAAAAAUCCAUGGAAUAUCGGGUAAAUCAAAAAGUUUUGUCGAAACAUCUCGAAACUAUUGCAAAACUGCAGGAGCCAAUUGUUUAUCAGGUUAAUUUUUGAACUUACAGUUUACUGGUGCCAAAACUGAUUUUUUUUUGAAAAAAAAGAGCUAGAGUAAACUUCUAGAUGCUGCUCCUUGAAAACAAGGAUUUCUAGGCUCGGCUACGAGAUUUAGAAGCUCUCAAGGCGCUGCUACUUGAGAAUUAGGUCCUCUAGGCGCGGCUACUUGUCAGAGUAAUUCUAGAUGCGGAUCCUAGGCAUUUAGGUACUAUAGGCACGGCUGCUUGAGAAACAUGCUCCCUAGAAGCUGAUCCUAGACAAAUAGGUCCUCUAGACACGACUCCUUGUCUGAGUGGUUCUAUAGGCGCUACUGCUUGAGAAUAAGGCUCUAUAGGUGCGGCUGCUUGAAAACUAGGAUCUCUAGGCUCGGCUACGAGGUUUAGAAGCUCUCAAGGCGCUGCUACUUGAGAAUAAGGCAAUAAAGGCGCUGAUACUUGAGAAUCUCUAGGCGUGGCUCCUUGACAGAGUGGAUUUCUAGGUACUGAAUCUUGAGAAUAAGGCUCUCAAGGCACUGCUCCUUGAAAACUUGGAUUUCUAGGCUCGACUACGAGGUUUAGUAGCUCUCAAGGCGUGGCUGCUUGAGAAUGAGGUCCUCUAGGCGUGUCUGCUUCAGGAUUAGGCUUUCUAGACCUUUCACCUUGAGAAUUAGGUUCUCUAGAAGCUGAUCUUAGACAAUUAGGUCCUCUAGGCGCGACUCCUUGUCACUUUUGUUCUAUAGGCCCGGCUACUUGAGAAAUAGUUUCUCUAGGCACCGCGCCUUGAAAAUUAGGCUCUCAAGGCACUGCACCUUGAGAAUAGCGCUCUCAAGACGCGGCUCCUUAACAACUAGGAAAAAUUCCCCGAUAAUUCGAAUUUUUGCAGAUUCCACAACCAAACCCCGAGAAUGUGCUUGCCAAAAAUUCGGCGGAUCCUAAAACUGUAUUUAUAAACUCGCUUCAUAAAUCCAAAAUCUACAAUUCGCUGUCACCGGAACAUCAAUUCUAUGUGCUGAAACAGGCUGAAAUUCUACGCGACGCUGAAAAUUUGCGACAAAAACAGGGGAAAUUCAGCGAUUCGGAUGAAUUGGUCGCGAACACGAUGUAUCAAGUUAGAAUCAAUGAGUUGAUUCAGAAAUUGUAUGAAUCGGAGAAAAAUAGUGUCAAAAGGGAUUUUGGAGCGAAAAAUCGAGGUUUUAUUGAGAAUAUGGUGGGUUUUUUGUUAUUUCCCGCCAAAAAUUGAGUUACAGUAACCCACAGUAAUUAUCGAUUUUUUUCCAGCAAAAUCCAAGUACAUCUCAACAAUUUUUGAAGAAAAAUGUGAGUUCUACAGUACCCCAGGACUCUACAGUAACCCAAAAGGAGAAGUCUGCAACUAGAGCUCUCACAGUACGAAAAUCGACCCAAGAAAAUUCGAAUUUGAUGGAAAAAGUGCCGAAAUCUGAGAUCAAAGAGGAAGUGAGUUUUUUUUUUGGAUUACUGUAGAUUUUUAGCGCGAAAAAAUGAUCUAGAAUUUCAUAUUUUCCAGAUUUCCCCACCACCUCCGAAAGUCGCCAAAUUCUCAAAAAAACAAUAA